GCCACCCCUAAGGAGGCGGGUGGCCCGGCGUCUCAUUCAUUGUCUUGACAAGAGCAUCCUCAGCGGGCCGUCUCCCGCUCCUCCGGCGCUUCCUCCUCGCUCUCGCCCUCCUCCAUUGGGGAGGUCUCCGCAGCAGGAUGAGCCGCCAGGUGGUCCGCUCCAGCAAGUUCCGCCACGUGUUUGGACAACCGGCCAAGGCCGACCAGUGCUAUGAGGAUGUACGCGUGUCACAGACCACCUGGGACAGUGGCUUCUGCGCUGUCAACCCCAAGUUUGUGGCCCUGAUCUGUGAAGCCAGCGGGGGAGGGGCCUUCCUGGUGCUGCCCCUGGGCAAGACUGGACGUGUGGACAAGAAUGUGCCCACGGUCUGUGGCCACACAGCCCCCGUGCUGGACAUCGCCUGGUGCCCGCACAACGAUAACGUCAUUGCCAGUGGCUCUGAAGAUUGCACAGUCAUGGUAUGGGAGAUCCCCGAUGGGGGCCUGGUGCUGCCCAUGCGGGAGCCUGUGGUCACGCUGGAGGGCCACACCAAGCGUGUGGGCAUCGUUGCCUGGCACCCCACAGCCCAGAAUGUGCUGCUCAGUGCAGGUUGUGACAACGUGAUCCUGGUGUGGGACGUGGGCACCGGGGCGGCAGUGCUGACGCUGGGCGCGGACGUGCACCCGGACACCAUCUACAGCGUGGACUGGAGCCGGGACGGCGCCCUCAUCUGCACCUCGUGCCGCGACAAGCGCGUGCGCCUCAUCGAGCCCCGCAAAGGCACUGUAGUAGCCGAGAAGGACCGUCCUCACGAGGGGACCCGGCCGGUGCGAGCCGUGUUUGUCUCUGACGGGAAGAUCCUGACCACGGGCUUCAGCCGCAUGAGCGAGCGGCAGGUGGCGCUGUGGGACACGAAGCAGCUGGAGGAGCCGCUGUCCCUGCAGGAGCUGGACACCAGCAGCGGCGUCCUGCUGCCCUUCUUUGACCCCGACACCAACAUUGUCUACCUCUGUGGCAAGGGUGACAGCUCCAUCCGCUACUUCGAGAUCACUUCCGAGGCCCCGUUCCUGCACUAUCUCUCCAUGUUCAGCUCCAAGGAGUCCCAGCGCGGCAUGGGCUACAUGCCCAAACGUGGCCUGGAGGUGAACAAGUGUGAGAUUGCCAGGUUCUACAAGCUGCAUGAGCGCAAAUGUGAGCCCAUCGCCAUGACAGUGCCCAGAAAGUCGGACCUGUUCCAGGAGGACCUGUACCCGCCCACUGCAGGGCCUGACGCCGCCCUCACGGCCGAGGAGUGGCUGGGGGGUCGGGAUGCUGGGCCCCUCCUCAUUUCCCUCAAGGAUGGCUACGUGCCCUCAAAGAGCCGGGAGCUGAGGGUCAACCGGGGCCUGGACACUGGGCGCAGGAGGACAGCACCAGAGGCCAGUGGCACUCCGAGCUCGGAUGUCGUGUCCCGGCUGGAGGAGGAGGUGAGGAAGCUCCAGGCCACGGUGCAGGAGCUCCAGAAGCGCUUGGAUAGGCUGGAGGAGACAGUCCUGGCCAAGUAGAGACUCCGGGGCCUUAGCUGGGGUCCACCGCAUCGCCUCCCUCCGCGUCCUUCCCCCCCUCCCCCCGCUCCUUUCCUCCCACUCCUUAGGCCACAGUGGCAGAUAAAAUAAAAUGGCUUUAUUUUCUGGUA